AGACCAGGGCUCCAUACUACUCCUACCAAUGUUAGUUGGACAUUCUUGGUUCAGCACAUCAUGCUGCCUCUUGUUGUGGGUAGUGUUUCAAAUGGAAUUGUGGGUUAAAACGAAAAACUGUGAAAACAAAAACAUCAAAUCUUUUCCUUUCCCCAUAGUUCAGGGGUAACUUCUUUGCACGUAGAGGGUCCCAAGUUCAAUCCCUGGCAACUCUAGGCAGGGUCUGAAAUCCUGGAGAGCUCCUGCCACCAGGGCUGUGGAGUUGGAAUCGUGGAGUCGGAGUCGAAAGCAAUUUUAGGUGGAGUCGGAGUUGGGAGUUGGAAGAAAUGUACCGACUCCGCCUCUGGCUUCAAAAUAAAAUUAAUAUCUUAAUAUUAAUAUUAAUUUAUUAAUAUUAAUAAAUUAAUAUACAUUUGCCAUUUAUGAAGGAGUUGGAGUUGGAGAGUAGAAAAAUAGAGGAGUCGGAGGUUUGACGUACCAACUCCACAGCCCUGCCUGCCACUCAAGGCAGGCAAUACUGAGCUUCAUGCACCAAGGGUUUGACAGCUUCCCAUGUUCCAUAGCUUAGUGGCAGAGCACUUGCUUUGCAGGCAGAAGGUCCCAGGUUCAGUCAUGGUCAGGGAUGCUGGGAGGUGGAGUCCAGCAACAGAUUCCCCAUCCAAGGCAUAAAUGAUGCUGAAUUAGUCUAUAGUUUGUUUGGAAUAAUUCUGGUUUUUAUAAUCAUUGGAAGGGUAAUAUUUUAGAGUUUGGAGGCUUCAUCUUCCCGGGGUGAUUAUUUUUGGUUUCAUUUUUCAACACCAUGUUCUUAUCUAUCAGGCCAGCCCCUGGUUUUAUUUUAACCGUCUUUCUUUUCAGCCAUGCUUCUGGUGCAGACUGGCUCAGCUCCAAAACCCUUGUUCUGUUUUGCAUGUGAUGGUUUCCAGCUUUGCAGCUCGACUGGUUCGCUGCCUUCUCCCUAGGCAACGAGAGACAGUGUGAGGCCCAAUAGAACGUUCCCCACACGGCUCAUUGGCUUCAGGCAUCGCCAGGGGCAACGGAACUACAUGAAGCUUCAGGCAUUCAGUUUACAUUGCCAUGCAGCAUAAGUCUGCCUGCUCAUUGGCCGGGGAUGUUGCCCGUGGCGACGGGAAGACGCUGAUCCGAGCAAGUUUUGUAGCAGGCGAGCAUCCUGGGUGAGCCAGGGACUUUGCUGGCUGGGGAGGAACCCUCGUUGGGCAGCUUUUUUGGACCAGUGAUUGGAUUGGAUGCCUGCAGGCACCAUGUCUCACCCCAGUGUCCUGUUGACCAAGGAGCCCGCUCCCCAGUCAAUCCCGGUCUCCGAGCUGCCUAUGAAGGUUUAUGAGCCAGCCCUGAACACUGGCCCGGAUUCCUCCUGUGGAUUGGCCACUGCUGGCUUCCGCACAGCAAAGUACCUGCCCGAGGAAUGGCAGCAGCACAACUACACCCAGUACCACGAGGCCUUCGCAGACCGCGACCACUCCGAGCGGGUCCGCCAUGAGUCCCAGAACGUUGCUGCCUACACAGCAGAGUUGGCUCAGCGCACCCAGGAGGACUCCACAGCCAAGGUGGGCGAGCGCCUGCAGGACAUCCACUUCUGGAAGUCUGAGCUGCAGAGGGAGAUUGAGGACCUCACGGAGGAGACUGGCCUGCUGGCAGCCCAGAAGCUGCGGCUGGAGAGGGCCCUCGAUACCACCGAGGUCCCUUACAGCAUCGCCACGGACAAUCUGCAGUGCCGUGAGCGCAGGCAGCCUCCUGACCUGGCGAGGGACCAGGUGGAGGUGGAAUUGCUCAAGGAAGCUGAGCUCAUCAGAAACAUCCAGGAGCUACUGAAAAGAACUCUGAAGCAAGCUGUUAAUCAGAUUCAGUUAAACCGAGAUCACAAGCAGAUCUGUGAAAUGGAUUGGUCUGACAAAGUCGAAACUUACAACAUCGAUGAGAAAUGUGGAAGAUACAAUAAUCAAAGCACAAACAUUCAGUUCCACCCAAGUUCGUCAAAAUUUGAGGACAGCGCUUCCACACCAGAGACCUGGGCCAAGCACAGCCACGACAACAUCUAUCGAGCCGAGCGAGAGAAGCUGGCGUCCAUCAACCUCCGUGCCCUGAUCGACAACAUCCUCCGCGACACGGCCGAGGACUUGCGCGUGCAGUGUGACCGGGUCAAUGAGGCCUUUGCCCGGCGGUGCGAGGAGAUGGAGGAUGCCAAGCACAAGAUGGAACACCAUCUGAAGAAAACCCUUAAGGAGAUUGGAGAUCAAGAGCACAACAUCGAAGCUCUCAAGCAAGCAAUAAAAGACAAAGAGACGCCACUCAAAGUUGCUCAGACAAGGCUCUAUGACCGUUCGUUUAGGCCCAAUGUUGAUCUCUGCAGAGACUCUGCCCAGUUCAGGCUGAUCAGCGAAGUUGAAGAACUGACAGAGUCCAUUGAAGCUCUCAAGAAGAAGCUCCUUGAGUCGGAACAGUCUCUGCGGAAUCUGGAAGACACACGGAUGAGCCUUGAGAAGGAGAUUGCGGUGAAGGCCAACAGUAUUUUCAUCGACAGGCAGAAAUGCAUGGCUCAUCGCACCCGGUAUCCCACCAUCCUUAAGCUAGCAGGCUAUCAGUAGCAGCCUUCCCUCAUUUAGAGGGGACGCUCCACUUGUCUAGGCCGAUGAGGAAUGCAGUUGCAUAGGAAUGUGGUUAUUUCUGCCCCCCUCCCCCUCCCUCCAGUUUUUGGUUUGUGUCGAAAUAAAAUGUAGAAAUGUUGCCUGAAUUUGUUGAACGCUGUCCGCUUCCGGCUGCAUCCUCUUAUUUGGGAGACUUG